UUUGACCACUGAAAAACCCACAGCAGCAGCAGCAGGUGUAGGUGUGGAAAGUGAAAUAGGUGCGUUCUGCAGUAUAAAUGAGGCUCUGCAGCUCUGCUCCAACACAUCAACUACUUCACAAGACUAAUAUCUCUAUUUGCUCCAACACAAAGACAACUAGUCUCUUUUUUAAAGAUGCUCAGCAGGAUGUUGUUAGUGUGCCUCAUGUCUAUCAGUGUGUUCAGUUCAGCCUCCUCACUGAGCUGCAGAUGGAUGGAUCAUAAAUUCAGUCAGCACAGUCUGAACUCUCUGAAUCUAAUAGAUGCUAUGGCUAAUAAUUCCACUAACACCACUGAGGAGGCUGAAGUGGACUUCCCCAAUGAUCUGUACAGCCAGGCCUCCAAAGCUUCAGCUGAGGACAAACUGAGUUUCACAAUUCAGAUCCUGGAGGAGAUGGUCUCCCUGUUUGAGGAGGAUCACAGCUCUGCAUCAUGGGAGGAGAACACAGUGGAGCACUUUCUCAUUGUUGUGACCCAGCAGGCUGACGGCGUCCACUCCUGUAUUGGGAGCCACAGCAACAAGAAGAAGAACAAGAAGCUGCAAAUGUAUUUCAAGAGACUCUCACACCAUGUCCUGGAGCGAAUGGGCCACAGUGCUGAAUCCUGGGAGCUGAUCAGGAAGGAAAUGAAAACCCAUCUGACGAGAGCAGACCAGCUGGCUUUGUCUGUACUCACCAACAUGCUCAGCAGGAUGUUGUUAGUGUGUCUCAUGUCUGUCAGUGUGUUCAGUUCAGCCUCCUCACUGAGCUGCAGAUGGAUGGAUCAUAAAUUCAGUCAGCACAGUCUGAACUCUCUGAAUCUAAUAGAUGCUAUGGCUAAUAAUUCCACUAACACCACUGAGGAGGCUGAAGUGGACUUCCCUAAUGAUCUGUACAGCCAGGCCUCCAAAGCUUCAGCUGAGGACAAACUGAGUUUCACAGUUCAGAUCCUGGAGGAGAUGGUCUCCCUGUUUGAGGAGGAUCACAGCUCUGCAUCAUGGGAGGAGAACACAGUGGAGCACUUUCUCAUUGUUGUGACCCAGCAGGCUGACGGCCUCCACGCCUGUAUUGGGAGUCAGAGCAACAAGAAGAAGAACAAGAAGCUGCAAAUGUAUUUCAAGAGACUCUCACACCAUGUCCUGGAGCGAAUGGGCCACAGUGCUGAAUCCUGGGAGCUGAUCAGGAAGGAAAUGAAAACCCAUCUGACGAGAGCAGACCAGCUGGCUUCGUCUGUACUCACCAAUGUGUUCAUUUAUUAG